UUUCUUUUGGAAAAAAAUUUCCCUACGUCCCAUUGAGUCGCCCUCUCCCGGCCACGCUCGGCGCUCUCCACGGCUCCAGCCCCCCUAUUCUCGCUCUCCACAGCCGUCUCUGCCAUCUCCAACGUAGAUCGAUCAGAAUCGGCAGGAUCAACUCGUCGCCACGCAUUUUCCCCGAUCUAUGCAACCGUCUUCUUGAUCUCCACCAUUCAAUUCGACCAUAUGCAUUCUCAGUGAGCUCUGAGCUCGCAGAGUUUGGGGGCAGUUGUGACUUGGUUGGGCGCCACUGAUUGCCCACGCGAUUGAAGAUUUAUCCUGCAGCCUCAACGCGAUCGCAUCUCAAGUUCCUCUCACAUCCAAUAGAUCCCGGGCAAGCUCCAGCAGACCAUAAGUCCAUUCGUGGCGUACCCAUUUACCACAAGGCCCUAGGCUGUCUAGCAGCAUCCAAAUUGGCGCUCAGACGCAAGCCAAAGACCAAGUCGUUACAAGGAACGAGGUCCGGAGAUGGAAGGUUUGGAGGAACAAAAAGAUACUAGUGUGAACAAUGAGGGCCAACAAGGUGAAGCCCCACCUCCUUAUAAACUUAUUGAAAGGAAUGAAUUCUUGCACAGGAAACAUAAGAAACAGAAAGAGGAAGAUAUAGCUAUUUGUGAAUGUCAAUAUGAUUCCAAUAAUCCAGACAGUGCAUGUGGUGACAGAUGCUUGAAUGUGUUCACUAGCACUGAAUGCACACCUGGUUAUUGUCCUUGUGGCAGUCACUGUAAAAAUCAGCAGAGAUUUCAAAAGUGUGAAUAUGCUGCAUCAAGGUUAUUCAAAACUGAAGGUCGAGGAUGGGGUCUAUUAUCUGGUGAGAAUAUCAAGGCUGGACAGUUUGUUAUUGAGUACUGUGGGGAAGUAAUAUCAUGGAAGGAAGCCAAGCAACGAUCUCAAGCCUAUGAAUCUGCAGGAUUGAAAGAUGCAUAUAUUAUUUAUCUCAACGCAGAUGAGUCAAUUGAUGCCACUCACAAAGGAAGCUUAGCAAGGUUCAUCAACCAUUCUUGUCAACCAAAUUGUGAAACAAGAAAAUGGAACGUGUUGGGAGAAGUGAGAGUUGGGAUUUUUGCCAUGCAAGAUAUUCCUGCUGGAACAGAGUUGGCUUAUGACUAUAAUUUUGAAUGGUAUGGUGGUGCCAUAGUCCGCUGUCUUUGUGGUGCAUCCUGCUGUUCUGAAUUUCUUGGAGCUAAAUCCCGUGGUUUUCAGGAGGCCACCUAUCUCUGGGAUGAUAACGAUGACAGAUACUCAGUCGAGAAUGUUCCUUUGUAUGAUUCUGAUGAUGAUGAGCCAACAUCGAAGUCUCAUAACGCAAUUAUCCCAUAUAUUCCAAUUGCUGAAAGGGAUAAUGAAGAAUUACUGAGAAAUACGGAUGAUUUUGAUUCUCCAAUAUUUUCUCAAUCAAUGCCGAUUGUGGUGGAACCAAUCAAUUUUGCCCCUAUGGAAAUUGAUGAAGCAAAAUAUGAUACAACAGAGGAAGAUACCAUAUACUUGGAGAGCACUCAGCAAAAUUCUGCUAAAAAAAGUGCAAUGAUUUCACGCAUUCGGAGUAACCAUGCUUGCCGCAAUUAUCACACAGAGUCAAGUCCAUUGUCAAAAAGCUCAUCACGAAAUGCUGGUGGUAAAUCUAAAAUUGGAAUGCGAAAACAAAUUGAUGUGAAACUAAUUUGUGAGCGCUUAGCAAUCUCUGAAGCACGUGAAGAAAUUCUUGCUUGUGAGGAAACAAAGAAGCAGGCUACAGCGCGACUGGAUUCUCUUUAUGAUAAGAUAAGACCAGCUAUUGAGGAGCAUGAGAGGGACAACCAAGAUAGUGUUUCUACCAGUGUUGCUGAGAAAUGGAUUGAAGCCAGCUGUUGCAAACUAAAAGCGGAAUUUGACUUUCACUAUGCUAUUUGCAAAAACAUUGUGAUCACACCUCGAGUGUGUGAUGCCCCUCAAGUAGAUAAUACAGUAGAUGAGGUUAUCUUACUGGAGAAUGGUCACUAAAACUAUUUACAUAGUGGCUCAGAUUACAUUGUUAGCAUGGCAAAAGAUUAUUACUGAUCCUUAACUCUGCAUUUUGCUGUAGCUUCAUAUCCUCACUUUCUUCAACUACCUUUCUGUUA